AGGCUAUUUCCGAUGCACCCACCAGAAGCUCUACCACUGCCCAGCCAAAAAGCACGUGCAACGUCUCGACGACGAUCCCCACACGUUCGAAGUCACCUACCGCGGCGACCACACGUGCCACAUGUCCGCCACGCUCCCCUCCGCUCUGCCACCGCCGUCAGUCGCCGGCGGCCAACAUACAUCCCAGUUCCGCCCACACUCUGCCGGCUGGCUUUCAAUGGAGGUCGUCAGUUCGCGAUCGGCCUCCGGCGGUCAGGCGACCGUACGGUACGGGAAAGACGUGGCCGAUCAGUUUCCGGUGUUAGACAUGGCUGACGUCAUGUUCAACUCCGUCACCAACAGUAGUAAUAGUAUGGACUCUAUAUUCCGCGCUUACGUGGUAGACGAUGACUCCACAGUGGGAGAAAGACGACAAGAAGAAUUA